AUGGGAAUUUGUAAUCGAAGGCACUUCCUGCUNNUUUUCACCUUUCUUUUACAGAUUACUACCAUAGAGCGUCAAGUUUUCGACUUUUUGGGUUUUAUGUGGGCCCCAAUACUGGUCAAUUUCUUCAAUAUUAUAUUUGUGAUCUUAGGUUUUUUUGGGGCCUUUCAGUACAGGCCUAAAUAUAUUGUAUCUUACUGCGUAUGGAAUACACUAUGGUUGGGGUGGAAUAUAUUUAUGAUAUGCUUUUACCUCAAUGUGGGUGCAUUGGACAAGAAUAGCGAUAUUUUAAACCUUGGUACAGGCAGUUUCUCAUGGUGGCAUGUAAAUGGUCCGGGCUGCAAAGCUAUUUAUGACGUUACAGAGCCCGAAUUAUUCAGACCUGCACGGCCUACAAAUGUUACUGACUGUGUUCUAGAUUAUGAAGUAAUUGAAAUUUUACACGCAUCUACACAAUGUAUCUUAGGUUUUAUCGCGUUCGUGGGUGGUAUUUGUUUGAGUAAAGUUUUCCUGGAAGAAGAUGAUAGCUUACAAACUAAAAGGAAGAAAAAGCAGCCGAGGCCGCUGUACAGCAUCGAGUACUCUCAACCGGAGCCACCGGUACACGACGAUACCGUCUCCCCGAAACCGAUGACUCCUCGCAGAGUGAAACGAAGGUCGGUGAUUUCCCGAGACGGAACACGAAGAUCCAAUCGUAGGAGUUCGGUCAGGCAGUCACGGAGAAAAAAUCCCGUAAAUCGCAUCAUGGAUCAUCAGGAGAGUCUCUAUGCUAACACGACGGCCAGCAGCAAUCUGACCAAUCAGAACGUGAACUCCUUGUCCCAGGGUACGCUCAACUACGAUCGAAUUUCGACGGGCUGGGACAGGGACAGAAACUCGAAUUGGCAACCGGAAGCCGUGAAUAUGGCCGUGUCCUCUCCCACUUUGUGGAAUCAGGAUUCCACCAACAAUUAUUCCAACACGAGCAACUACGCGAACCAGAACUAUCCUAACUGGGAGACGAGCAGCUCCACCAGGAAUCUUACCGAUAACUGGCAGCCGAACGAGUUGAACCCUAUGCAGUGGCAGGGUCAGAGUAAUCCAACUUUCCAGCAGACCAGCACUCAAAGUCUGAACGGCGAAGAUUUGGAUGAUUUGUACAAUAAUCGACCAGCCAGCGCCAGGUCCAGUUAUAGCAAUUACCAUGGCGUCAGAGCGACGCCGCAAGUGCCCAACAGAACAGACAUCGUCAGACAGAGCCAGAGACAGUUUGUUCUUAGCGGACCGCCUGCUUAUCAGGACACGGUAAUUUGAGGUAUCGUUAGCAGGCUUACGUUCGUGGGAUCUACACCGAGCGAGAGAGAGAGAGAGAGAGAGAGAGAGAGAGAGAG